AUGACGGGAAAACCAGUUUACAAACCUGACGAGAUACGCUUUGCUUUAAGCCUCAUGGAGAAAGAUUUCUACAACGAUGCGAUAUCUAACGCUUUUCGGGAACGAUUCAACCGAACACUGACAGACAACCAGAUUCGAUAUUUGAGGAACAAAUAUGGCAAGGAUCCUGAGUAUGGGGCUCCCCUUUGCAACAAGCAAUCCAAGAAACGAAAAGAACGUCGAUCUGACUCAGGAGCUGGUUCUUCCGCUUCACCGGGCUCAGAAGGAUCGCCGACUGAAGCCAAGAGAGCUCGCCAAGGGGCUCUCAAAGCUUUAGCAGGGCCUUCUGGGCAACCUCCAUAUCAAUUUGAAUCCCUUCCAACGCAAUCACCAGUCAAAUUCGAAGACAUAAAAUCCCCUAGCCUGUCUUCUGGCCCCUUGUUCUACGCAGCACCAAUGGCUCAGAUGGGAAACCUUCAUUCACCACAUACGAAGCCAUAUAGCCUCUCCCCGGGAGCACUGGCUCAGGCAGGCUUGGGUCCUAUGCCUUUAGCUAACUCCUGGCAGAUGCAAGCGAGGGCAAACUUCAACACCGAAUUUUCCCCGGUCAACACUCAUUUUGGCCAACACCAAAUCAAGUCACCAGAGCAGCGAAGCUCUGAGAACUGUAGCGUUUCAUACCAGACACCUCAUCAGUCACCUAACGUACAGCAUUCAUACGCCUCUUAUCUGAGACAGCAACCGAUAGCUGGCUCUCACCCACCAGUCUCAUCUCCACAGCAGACCGUGGUUGCGGGAGGCGGAGUCUAG